AUGGUAUAUAUAUCAAAUGAAACUAAAUUUUGGGAAUUGGAAUCAGAAGUUCCUAGUUGGUUAAAAAAAAUUAUGAGUUAUCAUGAAAAAUUAUAUUCAGAGAAAGAUGAAGAGCAAAGGAUCAAAUUCUUUGUCCCUGAUGUACUCACAUCAAAAGAAUUUCUCAACUUAAAAGAUCAUCAUGUUUCUAAUGCACUCAACCUUAAACAUUCAGAAUAUAAUUGGACUAUAUUGGAGUCAUCAGUUGAGAAUUGCUUGAAGUCUUUGGGAAAAUUAAAUAAUAGUGAGUUAAAACAAAUCGGAGAAUCAAUCAAACCUAAAGGCAUAUAUGCUGGUGUGGAAGAAUUAAAAAAGAUAUCAAAUGAGAACAAAUCCCAUGAUAAAUAUUCAGAAUUAUUUGAUGAUGAUGCCAAUAAAAAUAUGUUUCUAAUGCACUCAACCUUAAACAUUCAGAAUAUAAUUGGACUAUAUUGGAGUCAUCAGUUGAGAAUUGCUUGA